AUGCGAGCUCUCUUCGACAAGGACGGGUCCGACAAACUACACGGGACGGAGACGGUCGAUACUUAUGCUGUCCCUGAUGGCGAUGAUGAUGCCAGCUUAGAUUUGUCGAGCCUGGAACUAGACCAAAAGCGAGGCGACAUGGAUCGCAGCAAUCAUACUAGUUUCAGCAACCACUGGGAUGAAUCCCAAGAAGAGACUAACCAGCGUCGAAAACGCCUCGAACGAAUGAGAGAGGAAAGGGAUAUGCAAGUUCGAAUGAUACAGAUGAACAAGGCACUGGAAGAGAGCAACAAAACGAGUGUGUUUGGUCAAAAGCUGAAUCAGUUGUUUGGAUCCAGCCUCCCCAAUUUGGAUGUCUCGUUCUCGGUAAGAGCAAGUGGUUCCUUGAAUGACCUUGAAGGCCCCUUGGGUGUGGCAUUUGGCAAAUCCAGGCCACGAAAGACGCUUCUGGAUCUUGGAGGAGGAUCUAUGCGGGAUCUCUUCACUAUCCAACAAGAUCAAGAGUCCACUGAAUACGACACCAGCAAUGCCUCCAAACCAGGACCUUUGAGCCGACUGAUGGCCAAGAGAAACAACUUCAAUAAUCUGAGCGAUGAACCAGCCAACACGAGUGGCGAGGAGGUGAAGGAAGGAUCCAAGUCCCCCAAAACAACCCCAAAGAAGAAGAGGUUCGACGACCUGAGCGGAGACGAAGACGCAAUGCAAGAUAGUGCAUCGUCCUUGCCCUCGCUGAAUCUGUUGGGUGCUGAUGACUUUGAGGCGUUCUCGCAUGGUUCGCAGCACAGUAAGCAACGAGAUUGCCAAAGGGGUCGAGCAGACAAAACCUCGUCGCCGGGGAAGAUCUCCGAAGAGUGUCGAGAAGAAACACCGUCGUCGCACGGGACGAACUGUAUCGAAAAGACGAGAGCCUGA